CUUCUCAGAAGCGUUGAGGCUUAUAAUGAGGCUGGCUAAUCAGAAAUAAACCUGCAGCCCAGAGCAGUGAGGCGGUUUCAGCUCUCAUUGCAUCAGCUCUUUCUAACAUGUGCAUGAACACAUGAACAUGUUCUGAUGUAUCAACCGCGUCUCUGAGACCGCUGUGGUUCACGAGGAUCAAGUGUUUCUGAGGAAAUGAGCUUCGCUGUUCAGUCAUCAUGAAGACCGUGUUCGUGUCUCUCCUCUUUGUUACAGGUAUGUCCAUGCUGCUGUCGACUGGAUCACCCGCAUCUGCAGUGUCUCUGACCAUCAGCCCAAAUCUUCAGCAGGUCUUCGUAGGAGAGUCUUCCAUGUCUCUGAGUUGUGUUGAAGAUGGACAGGCUGCUGAUGGACGGACAGUGAAGACGACCAACGAAGGACAACCUGCUGGCUGUGGAACAGCUGGUCCUCAUUCUGGGAAGGUUAAAGGUUCCUCCUGUGUUCUGGAUCUCAUGAAACCCUUCACUGCAUCAUACUGGUGUGGGACCAGCUCAGGACCGAGAGAGCAGAUCACCAUCAUCGUUACUGAGGGAAAUCUGAUCCUGGACAUCCCUGCGCUUCCUGUAGAGACAGGAAAUGACGUCACCCUGCGCUGCAGACAGAAAGAUCGUGGUCCAGUUUCAGCUUACUUCUACUUUAAUGGAAGUCUUGUUCAAAAUCAAGAACAAGAUGAAGAACACAUCAUCCAUAACGUCCAGUGUUCUGAUGAAGGCUACUACUCGUGCUACACUCAUUUACAUAGAGAUUCUCCUCAGAGCUUCCUGAGGGUCAGAGAUCCUCCUCUUCCUCACACCACCACAGCUUCCACUCCUCCCGGAGACUCUUCUGCUCCAUCAGCUGUCUUCAUCCCUCCUAAAAACACAAGCUGUCCUCCUCUUUUCUAUCCUCGGCAUCUCGUCUAUCACCUGAUAGUCUUCUGUCCCUACUGCAUCUCCACCAUCCUGCUGGUGUCAGUCUGCAGACACAGGAAAUCAGGAAACCUACCAGCUGUCUCCGUGGAGACCACCCAGCCUGCUCAACACGACGAUGAUGUCAUCGCUGAUGUCGCCUCCGAGUAGUGCUUCUGAUGAAUGAUUUUAUUCAACAACUUAUAUUAAAACAAAAACAAAUUGAAUUUAAUUUAGUUUCCACCAAUUUAGCAACACAUUCUACAAGUGGUGGAAAUUUUCCUAUUUCCUAAUUACAGGCAACAUAAAACUUUUAAUAAGAAUCAGAAAGAGAGAAAUAAAGAAGGAAAGAAUGAUUCCAGACAGAGACUAAUUAAACCCAAUUGUAAUCUAUUAGUUACAGAUAAAAUGUUAAUGAAGAUAUUUACUUUGAUUUUCAGCAAUUAUUUUCUGCCACAAAAGGGUUCUGAUGCUGAUUUGUUGUUAUUUGGCUGCUUUUAUGUUUUCCUUGUGUUUUCACAACUUUGGCCCAAUCCCAAUACUCGCAUUGCGUCCUAUGGUUUUCAGCAGGGGCGUGUCCAGGGAGUGGCCUGGGGUAGCACAUGCCACCCUUAGAAUCUGAUUGGCCACCCCAGGUGCCACCCUACUAAGUUCCAGUUUAAAUUUAAUUUACAUUGUUGACAAAAGGCUUGAGUUAAAAACUCCAAAAACAGUGAGUGGUAGCAUGCACCUUUAACAUUGUCUUCUAGUCCAGGCCUACAAAACAUUUCUGUAGUAUUAAUAUUAUUAUUUUUUCAUAUUCACAUAAAUAGUAUUUAGAGUCCCACUCAACUCAGUUGGUGGUGAUAAUGCAACAAGAAGUGACUUGCUAACCACCACAAAACUAGAAGAUGAAUAGAAAAAAAUGGUAAUUGUGCAAUGUGGAACUCCAAAAUUCACUAGAAAGUAAAUAAAUAAACGAAUUGUGUAAAUAAAUAAAUAAGCAUAACCAUUGGUGCCACCCAUGCAUAAACAAGUGUCCCACAUGGGCCACCCCAUUUUAAAAGUCCUGGACACGGCUCUGGUUUUCAGCAAAGUACACUUGGAGGAAGUGUGCAGUAAGUUGCAUGUUGUACUGUUGCAUGCUUUAGGCCCAUGCUUGUUUUUAACUAGGGAAGCUGAGCUGGAUUAACUGUUAUUAAUUGGGUUUUUAAGCUGUAUGUUUUAGUCCAUGUAUUUUUUAUGUUGAAAUAGUUGCCUUUACAAUGUUGUGCAUGGCUUUGUUUGGCCCUUGGCCCAAGUGAAGGCGCUAUAUAAAUAAAGAUGAAUGUGACCAUGAACAUACCUGGGGUGCUAAUUAUAGCUGAUGACAGGGUCAUCGCAGCACGAUCAGAACAUGAACAUGAUGAGAUUUAGCAAAAGAUCGUGGAGAGAGUGAAAGCUGCAAAUGUGAAGUUAAAUAAGGACAAUAUUCAAUUCAAAGUGGAAUCUGUGAAAUAUACAAGGCACAUCACCACAGC